GCAAUGUCCUCCGUGAACACGCCCUUUCACAAUUGUGCGGAGACACGGACGUUGUGAAGCAGGUGCUUGCUCACUUCCACGCGGAGCCGCGCCUCCAAAUGGUGGGGCCACAGGGCUUGGUGCUCGAAAACGCUUCGGAUUUCUCCACCAUUGAAAGGCUCUGGCAUGACAGAAAUGUGAAAUUCGCUCUUUGGCCGUGGGAGGAGCGUGCGGCCGAGGUGAGGGCUUGGCCUUUGCUCAGCGGAAAGCACUUCCCGCACAGGAACAGCUGGACCAUCAUGGCAACCAACUUCUACUGGAUGAGAUCCACGAGCCUGGCUUGCUGUGGCAGGUUGCUGCGCGUGAUCCCCGAAUUGGUUGCCACCAUGCCGUUUGGCUACGUGACCGGUAGCUCUGCACAAAUGUGCCAUGUCCUGGAACGUCUGAUCCCUACAAUGGUCCGCGCUUCUGGGGGCAUCGUGGCGGAGAUCUGAGACAGGCUGCCACAGAGUGAUGCCCUGGGCGUUUCCUUUUCCCAGUGCCCGAGUCAAAGUGUUCACUCUUUAACUGUGCUUUGAGAUUAGACAGGUGGAUUGUUGAGGCGAAGCCUCUCAUCCACCUGGUUUGGAGUUGCAGACGCCUUGCCAAGA